CACUACUAAGCCUUAGAGUAAAAAAAAAAAAAAAAAAAAAAGGCUUCUCCAGCAAGAAAUUCAAUGAGAAGUCAGAUUAUAAUUAUUAAAGCAUAUUCAAUAUUAUUUUCAACAGUUUCUUCAUUAUUUCAUCCUCCCAUUAUCCCUAAUAUUUAAAUGGCAUUUUUCCCAAUUCGUAUCAAUAACAAUAACACUAUGGUAACAGAUAAAUCAUUAUCACCAAGACAAAUUGCUAAUAAAAUGUACACACUUGCCAUCAAGAAGUUAGAUAAAGAUAAUAGAAGGAGCAAACCUCAAUAUUCAGUCCGAGAAAGGCUUUUACUAACAAAUACAAUAAUAGUAGCCGAAGAGUUUUUAAGAAAACCAGUCAAUCGUUUAAAUCGUAGAGUGUUAGCCUUUGAAGAUGACCAAAAUGAUAGUCAGCCAAUUUCUAAUCACAAGCCAUUAUUAAUACAUCAGUCUAAUACUAUGAAUGAAAGGAAGAAUGAAAAACUAACAGUAGAAGAGUAUCGACUAUUAUCAAAAAAUGAACAACCACAGCAGCAACAAUGGGUAGCUGUUCAUUGUUAUAGAGCAGUAGUUGCUUUUAAUAAUAAUACUUGUGACUCGUUAUCUACCACUGAAGAAGUUUGUAAACCAAUGACUAACAUGUCCAUUUUAAUACCCCCUCACUCAUUGACUAUUAUGUAAUAAACGAUAAUAACAAUAUAUUGUUAUUUCAUGAGGUAUUUAUUUGCUCUCCUUGCAUCAUUUAUGCAUGUAUAUUGAAUAUAAUAAUAUAUUUCUUGGUAUCCGCGGAAGAGAGGG